GAUGACAAUGCUGACAACGACCAAGAUGACAGCGCGCAUGGCCUCGCGCCUUGGCACGCGCCAUGCGUCGACGAUGCAGAUCUGCGAAGACAUUGCGUCCUUCCGCCAAGCGAGGGCCGCGGUGCCGGCGGGCGCGACCGUCGGCUUCGUCCCGACGAUGGGGGGCCUCCACGCCGGGCACAUGUCGCUCAUUGCCGAGGCCAAGGCCACGUGCGAUGUCGUCGUCUCGAGUGUGUUUGUGAACCCGGCGCAGUUUGGCCCCAACGAAGAUUUCGACAAGUACCCGCGGACAUUCGAGGCCGACAUGGCCAAGCUGCGUGCGCAGGGCGUCGACAUCGUCUUCGCGCCGACGACGACCACCAUGUAUCUGCCCGACCACCGGUCGUACGUCGACCCGGUUGGCUUUGACGACGUGCCCGAAGGCCAGUGCCGGCCUGGCUUCUUCCGCGGCGUCUCGACAGUCGUCGCCAAGCUCUUCAACAUUGUGGCCCCGACGCACGCGUUCUUUGGCCAAAAGGACGCGGUGCAAUGUGUCGUCAUCAAGCGACUCAUCGAGGACCUCAACUUUCCGAUCGAGCUUCGCGUGAUGGACACGAUGCGGGAAGACGACGGCCUCGCCAUGUCGACGCGCAACCAGUACCUCUCACCGGACGAGCGAGUGGCGUCGAGCGUUCUCUACGCCGGUCUGCGCCAGGCCAAGGCCGAUUUUGAGGCGGCGACGACGCCGACGAUGCCGGCGGCGACGCUUCGCGCUACGAUCGAGCGCAUCUACCGCACCGAGCCGCUUGUGGGCGAGAUCCAAUACAUUUCGGUCGGCUCGAAGGAGACGAUGGAAGAGCUCGAGCUCGUCGACACGACCAAAGGCGCCGUGAUCUCGGUGGCUGUCAAGAUCGGCGCUUGCCGCCUCAUCGACAACAUUGUGCUGUAAUUGGCACCGACUCGUCCUAAUCACACUUAGAAGAAUCCCCGUGCGGAUGCCACUGGCCCAACAAACCUUUAAGUGCCGGGUGUUUGAUUCCGUCGUACCCUAACCCCAGAUGUCAUGUCGCAGAGCCUGCACCAAAC